AUGCCGAAACCUAUGUACGGGGCCGUAGCUACUCAGAAAGCAGAACUUGGGCAGAUUCACGACGAGAUUAAGGGUCUCAGCUUCCCCAACGGCGCUGAUUUCCGAAACCUGACCCUUGAACCACACCAACACAUACUCCGGGAGGAGCUAAACGAGGAGUGGUUGAAGGAAAGAGCCAGCGCAUUAUACGCGCGGUGGUGCAAGCAGCUGGGGUCAAGGACUCCCUUCAUGUACAGCCGCAUGUGGACCCAAGGAGAGGCAGAAAAUGAUGACUUCUUCUUAGGAGCAUCCUUGGACGGAUAUGUGUUCAAUCCACAACUGACUGGGACUUGGGAGCAAGAAGUUCUAAAGGCCAGAUUCUCGCUGGUCGACGACGAGCGUCUCCUGCUCCGGGGCUGGUUUUUGGCCAAGAGCCCCCUCAUCGACCAACACGAGCCCGAAUCAACGCGCUUCGGCAAUUGUGCCAAGACCUAUGGUCCCCUGAAGUUUCUCUCUGUCAAGGCAAAUUUCGACAAGAAGUCGUCCAGUGGUGCAUCGCAACACCUUCGCUGGGGGGAAAUUCCACGAGCUCAACAAACAAGAGAAUUCAGAGUUGAAGGGGGUAACCACGCUACUUGGGUACAAGUGCGAGAAAUGUUCUCGAACAUUAAGAAUAUUCUAGAAAUUGCCCCAACCCAAUAG